AUGGUGAGCAGCUCCCUGUGGUUCUUGGGCUUUCACAUCCAGAGGAACUCCUUGGUCAACCUGGCUGGAGCUGAUGCCCUCUUCUUUUGCUGCUCCAUUCGGAUCUCCAUAUAUGAAUUAUAUAAAGAUGUGUUUGAUAGUUUAAUGUACAACUUAAUGCUCUGCCUCAAAUACAUGUUCUAUACUUUGGGCCAGAGACUCUUGGCUGCAAUCAGCAUCAAGCGCUGUCCAUCUGCACUCUUCCCCAUCCUGUACCAUGGUCCCAAGCUGUGCGCUGGGCUCUGUGCUCUGACCCGGAUGCUCAGAGGUGCCUCGGAGGAGCCAAGCUUCCUGGGGAUGGCCGACACAACUGAGGAGCUGGACUAUUUUCCUGUCAAUACAACUGAGAGAAGUGCAAAUGAGUGUUUCAUUCGUAGGAAUGAGACCCUUAAAAAAAUUCAUUUGCAUUACGGGAUGCGGAUCCCCUCUCUGCUCAUUGCCCUCUUUGGGCUGCUGGGGAACGGCACUGUCCUGUGGCUCCUGAGCUUCCGCAGCCAGAGGACCCCCUUCUCCGUCUACAUCCUCAACCUGGCGGGGGCCGACGCCCUCUUUCUCUGCUGCUCCUUUCUGAUUUUCAUAGAAAGAUUGGUUAGAUAUAUUCAUAUUCCGUUAAUACUCAACAUAAUAAUGUGCCUCAGAUACAUCUCCUACACUGUGGGCCUGAGCCUCCUGGCCGCGAUCAGCACCGAGCGCUGUCUAUGCGCUCUCUUCCCGCUCUGGUACCGAUGCCACCGCCCCAAGCACACGUCUGCCUCGGUCUGCGCCGGGCUCUGGGCUCUGCCCAGUCUCCUCAGGAUAGCACGUUUUAUAGUUUGUGUUUUUCUGUGUAUCCGCCACUUCUGCCCCAACUUCAUCUACAUCCAGAUUGCGUGGUUCGUCCUCCUCACCUGCGUCCUGUGCGUGUCCAGCCUGACUCUGCUACUGAGGGUGCAGUGCAGCUCCCAGCGCCGGCAGCCGCCCAGGUUCUACCUCCUGGUGCUGCUCACGGUCCUCGUGUUCCUGCUCUGCGGCCUGCCCAUGGGGAUCAAAUAUUUACUAAAGCGCUUAUUCAAAAUCUCCUUGUCUCACAGGCUCCUUUCCCUCCUGGCCUGUGUGAGCAGCAGUGCGAACCCCAUCAUUUAUUUCGUCCUGGGAAGCCAAAGGCGUAAAAGGAGGGAGCCCCUCAGAGUGGUCCUCCAGAGGGCCCUGGGAGAGGAGCGGGAGGUGGAAGGAUGA